GCAGUAGCAACUGUUAAGACAACGGCUAUAUUACCGAUGGUACUUCGGAGCCGAUAGCGCACCGGUUCCUUUUUCGUGAAUCUAGCUCUUCUUGGGCUCUGUAGCUUUAAAAAUACUGCGUAUCGCUACACACAAAUUCCAGAAAGCAGAGGCAAAAGAACCUCAAACCACAUGGCACAUUUCGUGCCGAAGCCGGACCUCUUUCGCUGGAAGAGGAUCACCAAGAAUGAAAUGCAUACUAAGGCAAAGGUGAACAGAGAUGACAUUGAGCACUGGAGGCAGAAGGUGGAGGCCGCCUCGCAGCUGGCCAUGUCCCAGGUGCUCUGCGGCAGGCAGAGAGGAGUGCCCGGCGUGGGUGGGCGUGGCCAGGCCAUAGCUCUGCGUAACCAGGAGCAGCUCCGUGAUCACGAUGACGCCUUCAGAGAAGCCCAGACCCUGCUGAGUGACUGGAUGAACAGCAAACUGCGGCUGGAGCUGGAGCUGGGAGAGGAUGAGAGAGAGACCAACAGCCCACUUAUAUCACCUUCUGAGCAGCCGGGAUUUCUGCAACACACCAAUUUUGAUGACUUGCACUCACACCUGGAACAGGAAGCAGACAGCACCACAGCGCACACACUCCUGUGGGAGCUCAUGCAGAGGACAGCAGUGGACUGUGGGAUACUAGAAGAAUCUAGACUGGAUACAGAGAGAGAGAAGAGGAAGCAGAUGGACCCAUGCGUCACCAUGGAAAUCCAUCAUCAGCAGGUUCAAGAGAGACAGACAUGGCUGGAUGCUGAAUGUGAGCGGAGGUACAGAGAGGAGGCAUUGAGGAGGGAAGGGAGGAGAGAGACAGGGAGGAAGGAAGGGAGUAGAGAGGCACACCAGCAGGACUUGAGGAGGCAGGAGGCUCUUCUGGAACAGGAGGUGGUGCAUUUGUGCAAAGAAAUGGAGGAGAAGAGGAAUUUGGAGCAGCGGAUGAGGGAGCAGGAGAGGAUGAGCAGGAACAGGUCGAACCAUGUCUCCUCCCCGUCUGACCCGGGCCUCUCCCAGCACUCCCAGAAUUCUCAAUCUAGUAUGCAACAGGACAGCCAGUGGCUGCACAGGAUGCAGGUGGCAGAGGCCAAAGCCCAGCUGCAGGGGCUGCGGUGUCUGCAGAGCCACUUCUCAGCCUGGUACUGGGCGGUGCUGCAGCAGCACCUGUGCAUGGGCAAGGCGGUGGCCCUCUCUGAUUGGAAUAGGCAACUGAGAGUAUGGCGUGCCUGGCUUCUGUGGGUGUGGAAGCAGCAGGCACGGCGAAAGGCUGAGGCAGCAGAGGAACAGCUCCGCGCUGACAACAGGUGCUGCCAGUUGGCACUGGAGAGUAACCGACGGCGGCUGCUGAGGUGGAGCCUGGCGGAGUGGCAGGCCUGGUGCUGUGCUCAGCAGCAGCAGAGGGAUGUGCAACUGGGGCGGGAGGAGACGCGGCGCAAGAUGGCUGCCUUGGUCAGUGCGGCAGCGGCAGGAAAGCUGGGAGGGGGGCAGCUUUUGGCUCCUCCCUCAAGACCUGGAGGGAUGCACUCCAUGAGGCAGGCAGGGGACGCUGGUGUGCUACCCACACAGCACAGUGCCCCCUGUUGGCUGGACAGGGAUGCGCUGGGCAAUGGGCUAAUUGGCCAGCAACAACAGCAGGGCAUUAAGCAGUCUGUCCUGAAGGAGGAGCGUCAGAAGCAGAGAAUGCUGGGAUUGAAGCGGGAAGCCAAACAGGAGCAGUACACCGAAGGGCCCAGUGAGCAGAGGUUCCUGAGGCAAACCAGGAUCUCCCGACCAGUACCCAGAAUCUCCCAGGUUCCCUCUACCCAUCCCCACCCUGUGGUCAGAGCUAUGGAAGAGCGCGCCAAGCUGCGGGCAGAGCGACAGAGGGAGGUGCAAGAGAUGAGGAAGAGGAGGGAGGAGGAACAGCUGAAGCAGCUGAAAGCAGCAGAGGAGGCACGACAGAGGGAAGAGGAGCAGGAGAAGCAGGCUGCGGUGGAAAGGAAGAGGGAGCAGAGGAGGCAGGAGAAGGAGAGGCAGCUGGAGUACCAGCGCAGGGCAGAGAGAAGCCGCCAGCUGAAUGCCAAGGCGCUGCAGUACCGCUGCCGUGCCCUGCUGCUGUUCCACGGUCUAGCGCCAUGGCGACGUCUGCUGGAGCUCAGGUGCUGCCAGGAGCAGCUGGCCAUAGAGCACCAUGGCUGCUUGGUCCAGAGGUCAUUCCUGUUCUUCUGGGCUCGACUCAUGAGUGAAUGCCGGGCUGAGAGGGAGGCGUGUGCCGACCACCUCCACAAGCACCUCCUGCUGCGGAGGGGCCUUGGAGGCUGGCUGAAGCUGAAGAACCUGGCCUUGGCCCAGACGCUGCGAGCUGAUGAGUUCUUCCGUCUUGGGACCCUGAGGAAGAUGCUGGUGGCGCUGCUGGUUCACAUGACCCGAGAAAAGCUUGUGGCCCGCAAGCAGGAAUGGCGAGCCUCAGAGUACAGUGACAGGCGGGUUGUGCGGCGCUGCGUCCGGGCCUGGCAGACCCUCCCCGGGCUGCUGUGCAAGGAGCGGGAGAGAGAGCAGAGACGAUGCUGGCUGCGCAGCCGGGUGGCUAAGAUUCUGCCCGACUUCAGGGCCUUGCCCGCAGUGACUUCCUGGGACCUGGAAGCCCCAAGCCACUCUGACAUUUGACCCAAAGCAGCUGGCAGCUCGAUUAAAGACACAGCUGUUCUCAAAGCAC